AUGAUUUACCCAAAGUUGUUGGCGUCUCAAGAGCUUUCCCUCCGACGCAUUACAGUGCAGCAGCACGGCUUCGCCACGCAACUUUUGGGCCAGGACGCGAAUGGCGUGAGUGCAUCUGCCAACAGCGCCAACGCAAGUGUGAGUAGCCUCUCCCUUCCGCGACAGGCGUCGGUUCGCAGUGAGCUGACAUCGCCGUUGACGCUCAGCAGCGGAGGACAGGUUGGCGCCUCGUUUUCUCCAAACAAAACCGCCGCUUCUUCGCUGGCCCCAAUCACCGGAUGCGGGACGAACAGCACCGCACCGGCCUCAAUUGCGCGUCCAAAGAUACGAGUGCGCUCGGAGUGGGGCCUUGCCCUGCAGGAUCUCGAACCAUUUGUUUUGCCUGAGCGGCAACUGCAUGGAUCCCAGCCGUCUACGCGGCGCCGUGUAACUGUGCGGUACGUCGCGGAUCAAUACGACCGUCAGUGGAUUGCGCAGAGGCAGGCGUCCUCCAAUCCUGUGAUGACGAAGGGUAAAACGGGAGGCAUUGGACACCCAGCAGCGGCCUCGCCUUCGUCUGUGUCGUCGUCAGAAUCUGCAUCUGCGUCAGCAGCGCGCCAGAAGAUUUCGCUUUCUCUUCUGGAGGAUCUUAUAACGGCAUUUGAAGUGGGCUCCUACAGCAAUCCUGAGAUUCCCGUGCAGCGACAGCCCGUUUCAAGCUUUACUAGUGUCAUAGCGACUGGGGCAGAUGCGUCGGUGGUGGAGGAGGUGCGUCAGUAUUGGUUAGGCAAACGACAAGCCCUGGGCGGCAAUGUGCCAUGUAUUCCAUCGCUCCACAUGAACGUCGAAGAGGAUAACCAAAUGUCAUUGUGUCAUAGCGAGCUUCUUCAGUUGUGUCCACUGCCGUUUAAUCACAGAGACUGGUCUGUCGCGGUACUGCAGCGCCGUAUACCACAGAGUAUGGAUGUAAAGAAGACGACAGAAACUGACACUGCUGGGGUUAAAUCUGAAGAAACGUUGUUAUCUGGACGCAAGCGCCGACGCUCUGACACCGACAAAGUUGCAUCGGGUGAAGCGAUGCGUACUGCUGCAACAGCGGAGGAAGACGCAGCAGAAUGGAAAGAGCGACAUGCAUUACUGUCAUCUGGGUUGAAAGUCGCGCGGGCGGUAUUGGAACGUGAGGAACUAAAGCUAGCUCACACACACCUCGCUCUCUACGAGUUGGCGCUUCUGCGGCAGGCUGCGAAGGAAGGGCGUGACUCCCUAGAGGGGGGCGGGGCUUCGUUGCCUGUUCACACGCCCUGGGCGAGCGAUGAAGCUCUAAAGGAGGAUUGGGAGGGCGACGAAGACAGGGAUACGGGAAGUUAUGAUGGCGUGGGCAGUGGAUUUCUUCCGGCGGCGGUGGAGAGUGUUAUGGCCGUUGACAGGGGGUUGUGCUAA